AUGCACCACGCAGGUAAUCCAGAUGCAACAAAACUUCAAAAGUUCUACGCUCCACUGUGCACAAGAUGGCCAGUAUUGACUUCGAUUAUGGUUGCUCUCUUGGCCUGUGUUGUAGUCCUGGAAAUCGGGCUGCAGAUAGGACUGUCCUUGGAAGAAAAAGCAGAGCAUCAAAUUCAAGUACGCAGACUGAGAAGACAGAUAGAAAAUACCUCUGUUCGAGUUACUAGCGCUGUCAAACCCGCGGUUUCUUCUUCCACAUCCACAACUAAGGGAGUGAUACCAGGCCCGAGCUCAAUCUCGACACCAUAUGCUGGCGUUUCUUCAGGGACGACUCAAAGUUGGGUCGACUGGAAUGAAUCACCGGAUGCUUAUGUCGAUCCACGGACAAGUUCUGCUAGAGUCACCUCCAGCAGACAAGAGCCUACCGAGACCUUGACAAAUCAAAAUAAGCCAGAGUACUAUGCCAAUCCUCAGUCCACUUCAAUUCGAAUCACUUCUAAAUCGCCAGUCAACAAACCUACCAGCGCCUUUGUCGCACCGGCCACUACACAAAAUGCCGAUCAUUUCGUCUUCUCCGACUACGAGAGCAGUCUGUAUGCCCAGCCUUCAACAACAGAUCCAGAUAAAUCAUCCCCUGUAACAAAGUCAGAAGAUCCUUCUGCCAUAGGAGGAUCGGAUAAAUCACUCUCUACGUCAUCUAAAGAUGUUUCAAGGAUAAUUCAAGCGUACAACCCCCCUUCUAGUGGCGAUGUGAUGAACCCUAGUGUUGUUACGACGCAAUCAUCGUAUGGUUCCAAUGGUUUGGGAAAUACGCAAAGGACCUCCCUCAGCACCCUGAUUGCCUCGCUCCCAAUCUCUGGGUCCCUUGCGGAAGAUCUACAGAGCCACUCUUACGCCUUGAUAAUUACUACAAAGCUUGUGUCUGAUUUGAGCGGCCAUGUUUUCACAUUCAUUUCGACUGCAACGUCUCGCUUCCCAGAACCGACUAAUUCGGAACAGGUCGGUCCCAUUGAACCUGUUCCGACAAUCACCGUGGACGGACAGUCGCCCGACGAGGUAGAAUUGGGGCUGACAAUCUCAGGAUUUGAAUACUUUCGAGCCAUGUAUCUACCUAUAGUGGUGGCGGUCUUGUUGAAACUCGGGUGGAAUGUCGUGUUCGCAGCUACAAAAAUGAUGGAACCUUUUUACCUGCUCUCAAAAGAGGGUGGCGCUUCAGCGCAAGAUUCUCUUGUCGCGGACUAUCUUAUUUCGAGUCUCUCCCUCGAAGGACUGAGGAACCUGUUUGUCGGCCAUCCGGUCGUCGUUCUAGCCAGUCUAACAUAUAUCUGCAUCAGUACUCUGCCUUCCUUGGCCACCCAGGCUACCACAAUUAAAGCCAUCGGCACUUGUUACUCGGAGACGGGCCAGACACAUUGCCAUCCAAUGUGGGAAUUGAGCAUCACAUAUGCAAGAGUCCUGCAAGUGGUGCUAUGCGUGACUACUCUGCUCAUUUUAGCGAUGAUGGUCUUAUCCUUGCGUCGACAAAGUGGCGUUUUCUCGAACCCGGCAUCGAUUGCAACAAUGGCUUCCCUCCUGAACAAUGAUGAUUUCAUUUCCGAAAUCCGAACACUACCUCAAAGCCCCAGCCGAUCGUCCGUUCUGCAUGCCCUUGGCCGUACCCAAUUCACCCUCGCACACCAUCGCGCAGCGUGCGGGCACAUGCGAUAUGGUAUUGUGAAGGCCGAGGCAACGAACCAAAAACAGGAGUAUUCUGUCCCCUCGAAGCCACUAGAGCGUCGAAAACCCACAUCUCAUGAUGAAACUGGCUCGCUGUCACAGAAACUCUUCGUCGACGUGGUUUUCCUACUGGCAAUCCUUGCACUGCUCUCUAUCAUUGUGGCAUACUACCUAGUCCACGGUGACACUCCUUUCAACAACUUUUUCAACCAUAGCCCACUACGUAGUCUCGUCUUGACGCUUACAGCAAGCAUACUCGAUGGUCACUGGAAGCAGCUGGAGCACGAGGUUCGCCUUCUGACACCUUACCGUCGAUUAUCUCGCGGAGCCGCUAGACCUGACGUCUCAAUCCUCAUCACCCAGAACGCGACAGCUAUCACGAGCUUCUUCCCAGCACUGCGACAGGGGAACUUCUUCCACGCGGCCAUCGCAUUCGUGGCAAUCUUGUCAGACGUCCUGAUCGUUGUGAUCGGCGGGGUACCAUUCUCGUCCGCACAAUUUCACAUGGACUUUGUGGUGUGCACCUAUAUCAGCUGGAUCAUCUUGGCUAUCAUGGCGAUGAUGGUGCUGGCUUUGUUCAGGUGGCGUGCACAGAACGAGAGGAUGAUGAGCUCGCAAAAUCCGAACACCUUGCUCGCGGUCUGCCAAUUGCUAUGCAAUAGAAACAAUAGUGUGCGUGACCAAAUGACUGGAACCGAGAAGAUGAAGGGUAGUGCUCGAGACAGAAUGGUCAGAAGGAGCAGUGUUCGCUACUGUGCUGGUUGGAUCACGGAGGAAGAUGGAUCCCGAAGAUGGGCGGUUGAAAUACAGAAGUCUCCCAAGCUGGAAGCAAGCCAAACGUGA